AGCUCCCCCAUUCAGACCAAUAACAAAGAAUCGAAAUUUCAAUCCCUUCGUCCCCAAAAAAUGGAUACCAAUCCCUUGACCAGAUCGGAGACCCAUGAUCCGUCGUCGAUCGAAUCCGUCACCGGUGAAAUUCUACUCGCCGCCGCUCACCCACCACCGCCGAUGGAAGUGUCUCUCCGGCCGAUGGAUCUCUCCGACAUCGACGACUUCAUGGAAUGGGCCACCGACUCAAAGGUCGCACGGUUCUGCACUUGGGAGCCCUACACGAGCCGCGAGGCCGGAAUCGCGCACAUCAGGGACCAGAUCUUGCCCCACCCGUGGCUCCGCGCCAUCUGCCUAGCCGGAAAACCGAUCGGGUCAAUCUCCGUCACGCCCGUCGACAAAAUCAGGUGGAAAUUAGGGUACGUGAUAGGGAGUGGGUAUUGGGGAAGAGGGAUAGCGACGGCGGCGGUGAGGCUGGUUGCGGCGGAGGUGUUUAGGGAUAUGCCGGCGAUGGCGAGAUUGGAGGCGUUGGUGGAUUUGGAGAAUAUGGGUUCUCAGAGGGUUUUGGAGAAGGUGGGGUUUACGAGGGAAGGUGUUCUGAGGAAAUUCAUGCUUCAUAAGGGAUCUGUGAGGGAUAUGGUUAUGUUCAGUUUGUUGCCUGAUGAUCCCUUGCUGUCGGAUCGAAUCGAUUGAAUUCGUAUAUAUAUAUAUACACACAUACUCUGUGUGUGUGUGUGUGUGUGUGUGUGUGUGUUUGGUAAAUGUGAUGACGAAGAUUUGCUCCCAACAGUUUGGAACAGAAAAUCUGUGUCUUAAUGAUUUUGGUUUCUUGUGCA